UCAUUGUCCGAAUCAAAACUCCAAAACGUCGUCGUCUCGCCCACCACCAUCUUCCCCUCUCCCUCCACUCCUCAUUUCUUUUUCUUUUUUCUUUACCAGAGACCACCUCUGAAUUGAAUCAAAUCAAACCCAAAAACACUUCAAUUUUGAAUUUUUCUUUUUCCCCCUUUGCCUUUCCUCGUUGUUGCUGACCAUUACUACCUCCUUACUCAGCUUAUCGCCACUACAACCACCUUUUUUUUUCUUUUCUUUUUCUUUUCUUUUUCCUUUUCUUUUUAUUGCUCCGAGUUCUGUUGAUUUUUCUUGAACCAACUCAGUAAUGAGACUUUAAUUCUUGCCCUUCUGAUACUUAAGUAGUUGCUGAGUAUGGAGAAAGUGUCUACAGACUGUCCUUAUCCGGGAUGUUUCUUUUGUGUCAUGAAAGAAGGAAAUCCUAGUAAGCGCAGAGCAAGUAUCUUGAAGUUCUUUAGAGAACUUCCUUCUCAAGAUGAUGAUGGUCAAGUUCUCCCCAUUAGUGGGCUUUGGAACACAGCAAUGGCACAUCCUAAUGAUCCUGAAUUUAUUGAAUUGGGGAUAUUUGAAUGUAUGUCUGCACUUAUAUGGAAGGGACUGAAAAAUCGGCGUUGGCUUUCUCACGACCAAAACAUUUAUAUUCCGUAUUAUGCUGCACAUAUCAUUGGAUCCUACACGAUGAACAUGGAGGAGUUUGCUGAAACUGCUGUGCAUGCUGCGGUGAUUCCACCACUAGUUGAACUUCUUAGCGGAAGAUUAACUUGGGUUGAGCAGAGAGUAGCUGUUCGUGCCCUUGGUCAUCUAGCUACUUAUGCAAGUACUUUUCCUGCUGUGGCUAGUCAUGCCGAGAUACUCGAGCUCUCAAUUCAACUGGCAAUGAGUUCUCUUGAAAUUGUUUAUACUCACUUUUACCAGUAUGUAGACAGAAGGCUUAGUUAUCAUUGUGAUCUUCUUACUCGUGGAAUGGGUGGGGUCGAAAUGGAAUCUAGAAAGGCAGAGGAAUGGGCCAGUCAGUUACAGUGUUGGUCCUUACAACUUAUCAACUGCUUUGCAUUCAAACCUGAGUUUCUUCCGACUAUAUGCAAGCCCGAAUUCUUAGUAAAGCUACCUGGCAUGUGGGGUGGUCUCGUAAAUGAAAACUCACCAGCUGGUAUUGGUUUACUAAGAACAAUCUGCCACCAUAAACUUGGUAGGGGACCUGUUGCUAACUGUCCCAGUAUUAUUGAAGCAUUGUGUAACAUUGCCCGGUCUUCAGACGAUUGGCAGUCUAUGGCAAUUGAUUGUCUGAUGUGGUUGCUUCAGGAUCCAAAUACAAGCCAUAAGGUAAUCGACAAAGCUGCACCAACACUUCUGGAUCUAGCGGAGAUAUCAUCUCUGGGUGAUCACCGGAAACUGGGGGAAUCCAUAACUAAUGUUCUUCAGGAAUGUAUCCAAUCCCAAGGUGCCGGACGCAAUUCUAUCAGCAAUCGUACAAAGGAACAGAUCGAAGAACUAUUAAAAUCAAGGCAAAGACUCAAGUGGGAAAAGAGCAUGCCAAAAGAGGAUCUGCGAAUCAAGCAGGCUGCAGCUCUUGUUAUCAAGCUUGAAGGAAAUUCCAUGUUUUCAUCAGGAAAUAUAUCCGCAGCUGCAUCCAAGUAUUCAGAAGCACUAGCAUUAUGCCCCAUGAGAUCCAAAAAGGAAAGAGUCGUUCUGUACAGUAACCGUGCUCAAUGCUAUCUUCUGUUGCAGCAGCCCAUAGCUGCCAUUGGUGAUGCUACACGUGCUCUCUGUCUUCACAAUCCCGUAAACCGUCAUGCUAAAAGUCUUUGGAGAAGAGCUCAGGCCUAUGAUAUGCUUGGCUUGGCCAAAGAAAGUCUGUUGGAUGCCAUAUUGUUCAUAAACGAGUGCUCUCAGUCUAACGACCCAGAUCUUUCAUUAAGGCAAAACAAGGUUCCUGACUACGCUGAGCGACUCGUUAAGAAGCAGAUGCGUGCUGCUUGGUUAUUCAGGGAGGCAGCUAUUAAACAUGGAAAUGUCCAAUGUGAAGAUGGUGCUGGUGAUGUCUACGGUAGAGAGACUGAUGAUUCUGAAUGGGAAACAGCCAGUGAAAGUGAUAUUGGCAACGAUGGAAGGGACGAAAUGGGAGAAGAAGAAGAAGACGAUGAAGAUUGCGAUUGGAAGGAUGAAGAUAAAUACGAUAAAUCUUCAAUCAAAGGUACCUGUGAACAAUUCAUCUAUUCUGGAUAAUAGAGUUGCAAUCUGUUGAAUUCAAGUACUAGUAGAUGGUUUCUCAGAACUGCCACUGUUUUUAACGGGUUUUUUUUUCUUGCAUAGAAAUUUUGAAUGGAUUGUUUUGAUACAGAGAUGUAGCAUAUGGAUACAAAUGUGAAGGUUGCUGAGAAUGAAAGCAUAAAUUAGAGGAGUCACAAAGCAGCUGUGAGUUGCAAUGAGUCAUUAUUUAAAGCAGCUCUGAAGAUGUCAUCUUUCUGAUCAUCGUUCAAAUUGUAAAACUUGAUUUUCUUCUUGUUCUUACUGCUCUCUCUCUCUCUCUCUCUCUCUCUCUCUCUCAUGGUUUUGUUUCCCCCAAAUUUAUUCUUCAAUCCAAACCCCAACUGUAGAAAAUGAAUUAGGAAUGUCUAGAAUGUUUCUCCUCUUUAUUUUUUUCCCCUCAAGAGUGAUGAUUAUUACAGGCUUGUGUAGUGUGUACAUAGAGAAUUCCCAGUGUUUUUUAUUCUAAUCUUGUCAUCGAUUUUCUUACAUGAGACGGUUUCAGAUUUUUUAUA